AUGGCCAAGCGCGUCUGCAUCAUCGGCGCAGGCCCGUCCGGCCUCGUCGCCGCCAAGACCCUCCUCCACAACGCCCCCGCUGGCGCCUUCACCGUGACUGUCUACGACGCCCAGCGCCGCAUCGGCGGCCUGUGGCCCACACGCGCCAGCGACGCCGACGGCCUCGUCCACCCGCUCAUGGCGGUCAACCAGAGCCGCCACACGGUGCAGUUCAGCGACCUAGCCUGGGCGCCCGAGGACCCCGAGUUCCCACGCGCCUGGAUGAUCGGCCGGUACCUCGAGCGGUACCUCGACCGCUACGGCCGCGGCGCCGAGGUGAAGCUGGGCCGCCGCGUCGUCAAGGCCGACCUGCAGGACGACGCGACGUGGCGCGUCACCGUCGAGCCAUCCGAGGGCGCCGACGGUGAGGAGGAGACGCGCGCGUUCGACUACCUGCUCGUCUCGUCCGGGUUCUUCGGAAAGCCUCUCGUCCCGGACAUCGGGGCCGGGGAUGCAGCGGUCCCUGUGGUCCACAGUAGCAAGUACCGUGACCUGAAGCGGCUGUUUCCCGACGGCGUGCCGGACGGCGGCGGCAAGAUCCUGGUCGUCGGGGGACAGAUGUCGGGCGUCGAGCUUGCGGGCACCGUCGCGACGCAGAUAUCCGCCGCCGUCAACGCGCCGGGUCCGAGCCCGGUCCCGGGCGCCGACAAGCUCAUCGUCGAGCACCUCGCACAGCGCCCUACGUGGGUGUUCCCCCUCCACUCCACACCCAAGCCCGGCUCAACCGCGGCUCCUUUCCUCCCCGUGGACUUCCCGUCCUACAACCUCAAUAACCGUCCUCGACCCCUCACCAACAAACAAGGCCACAUCACCCCCGACGCCGCGAAGGUGACCCACGGCUUCUUCGCGGCUUCACUCGGCCAGGACCAGUCCGAGUUCUCCCCCGCCGUCGCCGUCACCCCGGACCACCACUCCGAGCCAGCGUACCUCGCCAUGAGCGAGAACUACCUGGAAUUCGUCCGCGCCGGCCUCAUCUCCGUCUCCAAAGGCAAGCUCGCCUCCGUCGCCGGCACCACGGCGACACUCGUGGACCCCUCGUCCCCCAAGAUCGAAAACGUUGCCGCCGUCAUCCUGGCAACCGGCUUCGAUCCCUCCCCUUGCCUCUCCUUCCUCCCGUCCCGGGUCCUCGAAGCUUUGGACUACUCCCCGCAGCACCCAAGCUUGCCCCUCGCCCUCGCCUUCCACGGCACCCACGUCAAGGACUUCCCCUCUCUCGGUUUCGUCGGCUUCUACCGCUCGCCCUACUGGGGCGUCAUGGAGAUGCAGGCUCGUUUCUUUGCCGCCCUCUGGACACCCUCUUCCCUCGCCCCGCGACCUCCGAAGCUCUCUGACGCGCUCCUCUCCGAAGCGUCGGACUGGAGCACCGCGUCCCUCCGCGACGACCCGCGCCUCUCCCAGUUCCCGAUGGGCGACUACGCCUACCUGAUGCAGGAGUUCUCCUCCGCCCUCGACAUCCCCAUCACCCCGCCCCUCGAGCCUCCCACCCCCGUCCUCCCGCACAACAACAAGCCAAUGGACAUCCUCACGCCGGCGCGCUACAUCUCACCCCUCGCCGACGAGGCCGCCAAAGCCGAAGCCGCAAAGUCGCUCCAACAAACUCACUCCACCGCUGUCGCGGGCCUGACCACGGGGCGCUUCGUCCCCAAGGCCGUUUUCCGCAGCCUCCUGGGCACAUGGAAGCUCGAACGUGACCUGACCAGCAGGCUCCCCAGCCACCCGAGCGGCCACUUCAGCGGAACGGCCCAGUUCCUCCUCCGCGACAGGACCGCCGACGGGCUCAAGUGCGUCUCGGGCUCUGCCCCCGCGGACAAGACAUCGACCGCCGAUGAUGACGAUGACGGUCUGGCCGCGGAGUACCUUUACGUAGAGGACGGCGAGUUCCGUGCCGACAACGGGCUCGUUUUCAGAGCCACGCGUCGCUAUGUCUGGCGGUAUGACGAAAGGAAGGAUGUUGUGAGCGUCUGGUUCGCCAAGACGGAUGACCCCAAGCGGGCGGACUACCUCUUCCAUGAGAUCGACUUCCUCCCGCCUCCAGACGGAGACCAGAAGCCAUGGCAGGCCAAGGCGGGCCAUCUCUGCAUCGACGAUUUCUAUGACGUCAAAUACGAGUUCGCUUUCAAGGCUGUCAAUCUCAAAGAGUGGGAUAUCCAGUACACGGUGAACGGGCCCAAGAAGGAUUACACGAUACAUGGCAUCUAUAGACGUUAA